CAUAUAAAUUUUCUACUUAAUUGUGAAAACGAGUUCAUUAAAAUCAUCGAGUAUUUCAUUUUCUAAACUCUAUUUGUUCGGUCUAAAAUAGUAUUGUUUUGAAUUAUUAAAGAAAAAAAAUGAUGAUUAAUCAUUCUUAUUUAUUCAAUAUUACGAUAUUGAUACUUGUGAUUAUUAUAAAUUCGAAUGUAUUAUCGGUAACAUCACAAUCAGUUCCUAAUCCGGAAGGUAAUUCAAGUAUCUUCAAAGAUUUCAUAGAACGAGCCAAUGCUGUGAAAUUGAACGUAUAUGAGAUCUCUAUUAACGAAGAGUAUUUGCGCAAUGAUAAGUAUUGUUCUGGUAAAUGUGAUGGACUUGAUAUAAAAGGUGAACGUGAUGCAAUGUCUUUAGAAUACCGUAACCGAUGUACUGGAAAUUUUCAAUAUUGCUUGUUAGAUGGGGAAACUGAAGAACGAAAAAACGCGGAGAAAAGACAUUAUGAUCUAGUAUUUGCUGCUUACGCGGAUGGUAAUUUCGCGAUUACCCGAGAAGUACAACAACAAAUUGAUGAAGCCAAGCAAAAAAUUGAUCAUACUGGUAAUAUUUGUAAAUGUUUAUGUGAGCGUGCAAAUCAUUAACAUGCCUAAAGACACCCAAUCCAAUAGAAGUAAUAAUAUUAGCACUCAAAUAUUAGUACCAUCGACAAUAUGUAAGACUCGCAUCUCUUGCCGCAGCCUACGUUUUCAAUAGGAACAAAUACUGAAUCUAAUGAGUCAUGCAAACAUUAUGUCGUAUUCAGAGCAACUUCUAAAGCUGAUGAUAUGCAACAUGUUGUUCCGGUUGUUGCGUUGUCAGUUGGUAAUUUCACAUUCAUCCUGGCUAUGGA